UAAAUGAACUAUUCUUUGCCGUUUACCACACCGCCCUUCCAUCUCGACUCAGUAGUACAGGUGCGUAAUAUAUAGCUUCAAAGUGCCGGGUCCACUGUUUGUAUCACGUCGUCCACGCACUAGUGUACGCGGUCUCUCGUUCUAUUGAACUAAUUCUAAGAAUCCCUCAAGAUGUGGUUCACAUACGUGGUCGUUGCUGUGGCGAUGGUGGCUUAUGCUGAUGGCUACUCCAGUGGUGCUCCUUCUAGUGCCUGUUUGGACAUGAUUCCCAGGCAUCCUGUCUCAGCCCAGACUAGCCCACCUCCGUAUAUUAUCACGACCAGCACUAAGACCGUAAAAGCCGGUACACCGAUGGAGGUAGUGAUCUCGGGCAAGCAACCUAACAAUACCAUCCGUGGGCUGCUAUUACAAGCUCGUCAGGGAAACAAUAUUGUGGGCACAUUCACAGUAGCUCCCAAUGAUCCCUUCGCCCAGCUACUGGACUGCGGAUCCCCUGGAAACGCUGUGACUCACAAGAAACAUGACGAGAGCUUAGACAAGCAAACCGUUGCCUUCAAGUGGACUCCCCCAGCUGAUCUUAAUGACGAGAUCAAAUUCAGAGCCACCAUCGCAUACAACGGUGCUGUGUUCUGGGUCGGUGUUGAAUCAGCUCCAGUCAAAGUGACAAACUAAUUUAUAUAUAUUUUUUUU